GACCAUGGAAACAUAGUGCACGAUAAACCCAUCAUCAGUGUGUGCUCUAUCAAUUAACAAGUUCAACAAGGAUCUGUUUUUAUUAGGAUUCCAAUAUUAUAGAAAUAUAAUUUACGAAAUAAUUCAGAGAAAGGACUCAGUAAUGGAAGUUGAGAGAAGCACAUAAAUUUCAUGGUGUGAUUCAAUCAAAGCAAUGAACCUAACCAUGCUGCCCGCUACCACUCAGAUCAACCCACAGCAACGCCAACCCCAGCUCCUCUCAUGGCUCCACGAGCAACAGCGCCCUCGCUUGUUGCGGAAUAUCAUGGAGAAGGAGCGUAACAAGCAGUUCCUCCGUCAGGCCCAGGAGAGAGGUUACUUACAAUCCCCCACAGAGGGCUCGAUUAUCAAGGCAUGCCAAGAGCAACAACAAGAUGUAAAAAGGCUAGAAGAUGUCUUGCUGGUGCGUCUAUGUGGUGUUCAUCUCAGGGAUGUUGGUGCUGUAGGGUCUUGCAUUAACCUCAGGGUUUGUAACCUAUCAGGGAAUUACAUCCGGAGCUUUGAGGGUCUUUCUGCUUGCAAACGAUUAGUCAAACUUGACCUCCAUGGCAAUCAGAUCAAUCAACUACCUGAUGAGAAGUUUUGGGCCGGUAUGAAGGAGCUCCGAGCUGUUUAUCUCCAUGACAACAGCAUCAGUCGGUUGGAUUAUUUGCAAGCCGUGGGGGCCACACCUAACCUUCAAAUCAUGACCUUAUACGAUACUCCCAUCAGCUUGAAGAUGACAUACAGACACCAUGUCGUCAAUAGCAUUUGGUCGUUGAAAGCUCUAGACAACCAUGUAGUUUCAGACGAAGAGAUCAUAGAAGAUGCGUUCUUUGGAGAUCAUUUCAGCAUGCUAAACUCAUCGUUUUAUAUCAACAUGGUCCUCCCUGAAAAACAAGUUGCAAGUUUGGAUGAUGAGCUGGCCCACAUGAGAGCUGUACUACAAACGGUGUCCCACAUCCAAGCCAAACACUCACCCGUCCUUAUCAUCCAACGUUACAUGAGAGGCUGGCUUACACGCAAGGCAUUCAAUAUCAUGGCAAGGACCAAAGUGUGGGCUAUUGUCACCAUUCAGCGCUUCUGGAGGGCACACAAAGGACUGGAAUGGAAACCUGCUACCCAUGAGAAGAAAGGAAGAGCUGCCCCGCCCUCAACUGCUGCACUGGCUUUGGUUCCCAGCAAGCUGCCUUCUGCUCGAAUGCCCCACCCCAAGGCCAUUUCCCCUGGCCCUGCCAUGAGCAGUACCGCCACGGAGACAUCCAUCUCUAGAAUGGAUUACGAUACCUACCUGAAGAACAGGAGGCCAGGGUCGAAGUCCCCUACCACCCAGUCCAUCAUGGAGAGGAGACAGAGACUGGCUGAAUUGCAGUAUGGCAAGCUUUUGGAGGAAAAGGAUUCCAUCACCACACCUUCGACUGCAGAAGCUAAUGGUCGGAGAAGAGCUAAUUUUGUGGCAAAAAUGAGACAGCUUCAUGGUGACCUUCAUCUGGCUUCUGAUGAAGAUCUUUCGUUUGGAUUUGGACCUAGCGAAACAAGACCAGGUCUGAGUCGUACAAUGGGCCAGGAAUACAAAAAACCAAGCAAACCGAAAGUGAAGCAGACAAAGAGGAAGAAGUCUAGGACUGUCCAUGAGAUGCUACGCGCAUUGUCAGACAGUGAGUUAUUGAGGGAACGCUCUUCAGAUGAAUAUUCUGACGAUGAAGAACCUGUUGUGGUCAAGUUUAGACUGGCCGGAUUGCGACCAGCUGUGCACAGGCUGGACCCGGUGCAAGACAUUCUUAUAUCAAAACGAGAGGCAGGUCAAGACGUAAGGAUGGGACUAGCUGCAGCCUUCACGCAUAAAAUGAGAACAACAGAACCACCCCGUAAGCCUGUCCACAAGAAACCGAUGAAUGCUGAUCAAAAGCUCUUUGCUAGAGCCCAAGGAACGAUGGGAAUGUCAAGCUUGAAAGCUGUCAUGCAGGCAUAUCGAGACCGAGAGACAUCGGACAAGCAUUCAGCCAAGAGUGACAAGGUAGCUAUGAUCCGAGAACAGAAAACAGAGGGCAAACUGAGAGCAAAGGACUUCCUGGAAGAAAAACGCUUGAAAGCCAUGCAAAAACGCGAUAAGGAGAUCACUAACAUUUCACAUGCUUAUGAAAGACAAGCAAACAAAGAGAUUGACGAACUUGAAAAGAGGCGUGAGCUCCGAAGCAAGGAUUCUGAGAUCAAGGGUCGGGUGCGCAAGGAGAAUACGUUCAGUCAUGAAUUCGGUAGUCAGCACACGUCUAUAUCCAAUGCAUUGCUGCGCCAUGAUAGGCAAGCGAGAGGCGAGAAGCUCCUGCAGGAGAAAGAAGACUUUGCCCAUGCCGAGCACAAGCAUGAGAUGAGUCAAAGAGAACUGGUCCAUAGAUACCUGGAGCAUCGCCAGUUGAUGCGACAAGCCCAGGUUGCUGUCGAGAAAGCGGCUCACGACACAAGAAUGGCGCAGGAACAAAACGACAGGGUCAUGGAUGCAAGGGCGAAUGUCUCAAGGCAGAAGGAGAAAGCCAGGCAUGCUCAGGCCUUUUACCCCCUCCCCAAAUGUGCUACUCACCCCGUGUUGCCCCCGGUGAGGAGAGAAGGCAAACCCGGUCAGUGGGACACCCUCAUCUCCAUGUAUGAAGGGAGAGUGGGCAAUCACCCAGCAAUCAUGGGUACUCAAUGAUCCUCUGAAGAAUACAUGUACAUGUGUACAGUCAAAUCUGCUUUAGUGACCACCUGUCUACA